AUGGCGGAAUCACCUCUUCAAUUUAAAUUUAUAGUUAUAGGCUGCUCCGGUGCAGGCAAGACCUCAAUUCUUAGAAGACUCUGCGAAGACAAAUUCAACAGAGGCACACAAUCUACGGUCGGCAUUGAAUAUUUUACAUACGUCACAAAUAUCGAAAAUAAAAUGGUAAAAAUGAUGAUUUGGGAUACAGCAGGACAAGAAAGAUUCUAUACAAUUGCAAGAGCUUACUUCAGGAAUGCUUUAGGCGUAAUUCUCGUCUACGAUAUAACAGAUAGAAAGAGUUUUGAUCAGCUUCCUCGCUGGCUGAGAGAUGCCCGUGUUGAAGCAGAUCCUCAUUGUACAGUUAUUUUAGUUGGCAAUAAAUGCGAUCUUAAAGAUCAAAGAGUUGUAUCAGAACAAGAAGCUAAAGAAUUUGCUGCAAAGAAUGAGCUCACUUAUAUUGAGACUUCUGCAGCUAACAAUGAUAAUAUUCAAGAAACUUUCUUGGAAGCUGGCAGAGACCUCUUAAAGAAGGUGGCUGCAGGAACAAUUAGUGGCCAGAAAUCUGCUACAGAUGGCGGCCAUAGUGUUAUUAUUCCAGAUCCAAAGACAAAGAAUAAGAAGAGGAAUACUUGCUGCUAA